CAAAACAGAUUCUCGUACAAAUUUGCAACGAUGGCUUCCUCUCGGAUCUUUUCCCGCAACCUAAUUACAAGAACGAAGCUAAAAUCUUCUCCCUCUCAGUUUCUGAUUCCCAUGAAUUCCUUCAAAAACCCUAAAUUAUCAUCUCCAAUUUCUCUAAUAAACUUAUAUCUCCGUCCACUUCAUUUGGGUACUCCAAUCUCACAAUUCUGCUACACUUCAAUUCAUGGGUCUUGUAUAAACACAGCAGAAAAUGAUUAUUCACCAACCAAUGAAGCAGAAAUAAUCUGUAAAUUGCUAUCAAAAUUACCUAAAUAUUCUAGUAUUGAUUCAGUUCUAGACAGCAGUGGAGUUAAAGAGAUAACACCCAUGUUAGUUUUAGAGGUUUUGAAGCAGCUCAGUAAUUCAGGUAUUCUUGCUCUUGGUUUUUUCAGUUGGGCAGAGAAGCAAAAGGGGUUUGAAUACACGACUGAGAGUUAUAAUGCAUUGAUUGAUUCAUUGGGGAAAAUCAAACAGUUUAAGAUGAUUUGGGUAUUGAUUGAUUCUAUGAAAAGUAAAGGAUUAUUGACAAAAUAUACUUUUAAUCUGAUUAUUAGAAGAUAUGCAAGGGCAAAGAGAGUUGAGGAUGCAAUCAACACAUUUGAGGGGAUGAAGCAAUACGGAAUCAAGAUUGAUUCAUCAGAUUUGAAUAAAUUUCUUGAUACAAUGUGUAAAUCUAGACAAGUAAAGCAUGCACAUAAGAUGUUCGAUGAAAUGAAAAAUAGAGGAUUUAAGCCUGAUCAGAAAUCCUACACUAUACUAUUAGAAGGGUAUGGUCAACAGCAGAAUUUGGUUAAAGUUAAUGAAGUUUAUAGUGAAAUGAAAGAUGAAGGAUUUGAGCUUGAUGUUGUGGCUUAUGGGAUCAUCAUGAAUGCUUUUUGCAAAGUAGGAAAGAUCGAUCGAGCUGUGGAAAUGUUUAGUGAGAUGGAUGAGAAGGGUGUAAAACCAAGUCCACAUAUCUUUUGCAUUUUGAUCAAUGGAUUAGGCUCUUAUAAAAGACUUGGUGAAGCUUUGAAGUACUUUGAAAUGUCGAAAGCGAGUGGUUUUGUUACUGAAUCACCCACUUAUAAUGCUGUUGUAGGAUCGUAUUGUUGGUCGUUGAGAUUUGAUGAUGCAUUUCGAUUCAUUGAUGAGAUGAGGAGGUUUCGAGUUGGUCCAAGUUCGAGAACUUAUGACAUUAUUCUUAAUCAUUUGAUAAAGGCUGGAAGAGGCGAAGAAGCGUACUCUGUGUUCCAAAAGAUGGGUAAUGAUCAGGGUUGUGAUCCGACAGUAAGCACAUUCGAGAUUAUAAUACGAAUGUUUUGUAGUAAAGGUGAACUAAACAUGGCCGUUAGAGUUUGGGAUGAGAUGAAGGCGAAGGGGAUUAUUCCAGGAAUGCAUAUGUUCGCUUCGAUGAUUAACAGCUUUCAACAUGUGAAUAAGUUGGAAGACGCGUGCAAGUAUUUCGAAGAAAUGAUCGAUUUAGGGAUUAGGCCUCCUGGUUUGGUUUUCAGCAGUCUCAAAGAGGCUCUAAUUGAUAAUGGCAAGAAAGAAACUGCUCAGAUUUUACGUAGGAAGAUUGAUGCAAUGAAACUUGCUCCAAUUGCUGGUUGAUACCUAAAGAAUAUGGUCUAUGGCUGUUUGGUAAAUGGUAGAUGAUAGCUUGAUUGGAGUAACUGAUUUGACUAGCUGAAUUUGAAACCCCAAGUACUACCAUUAGAUGGUUUGAAUCAUCCAAUUGUCUAUUUACACAUAAAUUUGCUAGAAUUGUCCAACAACCUAUUUCACCAAACACCCCUCUGAACCCAAUCAGAAUUUUGAUAAAUGGAGAAUGUCCAACAACCUAACUAAGGUCUCAGUCCUAUUCGUUGUAGGAAAUUCUCUUGAUCUUUCUCAAGUUGAGGGACUUUGGCUGCACUCUCCUUUAUGAGUAUGAGUUGCCGCUUUCCUUUCCUCUCCAAACCCUGCUUAUGGUUUUUUCUAUGAGCGGCAUACGUCGGAUACGUUGGUUAUGAUGAUGAUGGAGAAUAUCCUUCCUAGAUGAGACCGAGGACAAAACAUAUCUUUUGUCUUAUAGAGAAGCUUGCAAUGGAUACAAUUCAGUGUUAUCUGGUAGAUUAACACCUCUAUUUCAUGCAUUAUUGUAGUAUUAGUCCCUUUUCAUGGUGUAUUAAUUGGGUUGUUUUCCUUGUGUUACAAUGAAAGUUAACUACUACCUAGUAUAAAUUGGGAAACAUUAUCCUUCCUAAAGCAGUCUGUCCAAGCAUACUACCCUUGAUCAGAUACUAAUCUACGGCAUAUGAUUUUGCACUAGUCUGUCAAAGCAUAUGCUUAUGAUUUAUGUAAGAAACUUGCGAUAAGUAUAGCUCAAAAAUUCAUAUUCUAUAUACAAAGUGUUAUAAUA